ACACAGUGCGGCUUGUGGAUCGGUAAACCCGUAAAGGAUGUGGGGCUUUUAGAGGACGCGAUCCUAUUAUGCACAUCUGGAGGAAAUGUCCGGCUGUGAUAGGGCAGAUCCUUCUCUCUUUCAUACGCAGCUCAGUUGGGGAGAAUCCCCUUCUCUCCGCCCUUAGCAACCGCGCCUAGCAACGUCACAUAGCUCGCUUGGGCGGACUCGGUCGCAUCAUUCGGGGCGCCCUUUCGGUCCUUGUGUGGGGUUGGCUUUCUACGCGAGGCCGAGGCUUUUACGGCCUCGCCCGAAAGGGGGAUGUUGAAAGUGAAGAUCCUCUUCGUCGGCCCCAUCGAGGCUGGAAAGUCGGUCUUGGCAAACUUCUUGUCCGAGAGCACUGAGGGCAUUGGCAGCUAUCUCCCGACACACGGAGUAAGGAUCCUAGAAUAUGAGAAGCCACACAUCGGUGGGAAUGGAAAAGGAGUAGGGUGUCGGUUUGAACUGUGGGAUUGUGGAGGGGAUCAAAAAUUUGAGACUUGCUGGCCAGCACUGAUGAAAGAUUCCCAUGGGGUUGUCAUCAUCUUCAAUCCAGACUUGCCCAGUCAUGUGAAGGAAAUCGAAAUGUGGUACUCCUGUUUUGUCCAACAGCAGCAGUUGCUUGAAAGCCAGUGCCUGCUCAUUGCGCAUCAAAAGCCAGGCUGCACGACAGACCCGGAGAAUUUCACCUUGCCUCCACCACUGAACAGGCUGCAGUUGGUACACUCCAGCCUUGAAGAAGACCCUGAAGAUGUCCGGAUGGAAUUUGUGAAGUACCUCAAGGGCGUUACCAACUUGGUGAAUGAGAACCAAGAGAGAGAGGAGAUGUUGCUUAUUGCUUAGAAGCAUGACAAAUCUUGUAGUGAUGAAAUUAAAAGAAUUGCCCAUUGAAACACACAAA